UCCCUCCUCCUCCCCUUUCUCCUCCCCUUUCUCCUCCCCAUCCUCCUCCCCAUCCUCCUCCCUCCGCUCCACCUCCUCCCCAUCCUCCCAUGCUCCUCCUCUCCCGCUCCUCCCCAUCCUCCUCCUCCUCCUCUCCCGCCGCAGGUCCCGGCGCGUCCCCGGGCGGCAGAUGCGGGGCCGGCCCUGAGCGGGGCCCGUGUCGGGCGGAGGAUGCGGAGCGGGGCCGCGGGGCGCUGAGCGGGAGGAUGGGCACGCAGGGCAGCCCGGUCAAGAGCUACGAUUACCUCCUCAAGUUCCUGCUGGUGGGCGACAGCGACGUGGGCAAGGGCGAGAUCCUCGAGAGCCUGCAGGACGGCGCCUCCGAGUCCCCCUACGCCUACAGCAACGGAAUUGACUACAAGACCACUACGAUCCUGUUGGACGGCAGAAGGGUCAAGCUGGAACUCUGGGACACAUCAGGGCAAGGAAGAUUUUGCACCAUUUUCAGAUCCUACUCUAGAGGAGCCCAGGGAAUUCUCUUGGUGUAUGACAUCACUAAUCGCUGGUCCUUCGAUGGAAUAGACCGAUGGAUAAAGGAAAUCGAUGAGCAUGCCCCAGGUGUCCCUCGGAUCCUGGUGGGAAACAGGCUUCACCUCGCCUUCAAGCGGCAGGUGCCCACGGAACAGGCGCGGGCCUACGCUGAGAAGAACUGCAUGACAUUUUUCGAGGUCAGCCCCCUGUGCAACUUCAACGUCAUUGAGUCCUUCACGGAGUUGUCCCGUAUCGUCCUCAUGCGGCACGGCAUGGAGAAGAUCUGGAGACCCAACCGAGUGUUCAGCCUACAAGACCUGUGCUGCCGAGCCAUUGUGUCCUGCACCCCAGUCCACCUCAUUGACAAGCUGCCGCUGCCCGUCACCAUCAAGAGCCACCUAAAAUCCUUCUCGAUGGCCAACGGGAUGAAUGCGGUGAUGAUGCACGGCCGGUCGUAUUCCUUGGCCAGCAGCGGCGGUGGGAGCAGCAGCAAAGGUAACAGCUUGAAGAGAUCAAAAUCCAUUCGUCCGCCCCAGAGUCCCCCACAGAACUGCUCGCGCAACAACUGCAAGAUCUCUUAGCAGGAUGGAUGCACUGUGAGCUUCGAACAUAUCCACACCCACCCACCGAUGUACAGCUGUUUGCACACUUAACCCUUUUCAACUGGAUCCUUUUGGAUGGGCCGCUGCUUUUUCAGAUGGUUGUGUCGCUAAGCAU